CAUUAUUGGCUUCUGCGAACAUUUCUUCAUUGGCUUUUGCGAACAGGUGGAUACACCACGGAUGCGUCGAUCCGGAUUACAAAGUCUUUGUCUCAUUGAUUUUUUUACCUUUUUCACUAUUUUUCUUGAGCUUCCUACGAGUCUGGGGCGACAUCAAUAUUAAACUCAUACAACUCUACUUUACGACACCUGAAACGACAACGACAUCAACAACAUGAGCACGACACCUUCUUCUUCAUCUUCUGGAACGAGGGCCGUUCUUCCUCGUGUGAUUCUCCCUGGUGAGGGUCUUGCAACUCGCUGCAUUGCAAUGGACGCUAAGGAUUCUGACUCUAUCGCAAGCUUGUUGUCGCCUACAAUUUCACCAACAUCAUGUUCCGGAGCUGAGACAACGCUCACAACAACACUAGUAGAGCAAAAGAGACUUCUGCUGCAGCAGCACGAAGUCUUCUCCAACGUGUACUCUCCUCGUGUGGGCGACGAAUUAGUGGGUGUAGUGGUGCACAAAAGAGGCGAGGUGCUGAGAGUGGAUGUAAAUGCGCCAGCAUUAGCCGAGCUCCCGGAGACGGCGUUCAACGGAGCGACUCGGCGAAAUAAACCGAACAUCGACAUCGGAGAUUUGCUCCUUUGCCAUGUAGAAGCGGUGCUAGGCGUGGAGGCGGUUCGGGUACAACUAUAUAUACCUGUAAGUAGAUGCCAUAUGCCGACUAAACUGUUGUUGAUCAAUGUACUCCUUCAGCUAGCCUCCAUUCGCUUUCAGUUGUAGAGUAGGACACUUAUCCAAAUCACAGUUAUCUUGCGUCGAUGACACUGGGAAAACUUGGAGCAGUGGAGAGACGCUCUAUGGGCGCCUGGAUCCCGGCUAUGUAGUGCAAAACUUCCCUAUUUCCUCCUUCCUGAAACGAAAUAGAGACGAGGAUGAACGGAGCUGUGGCAGAAGAAGAAACACCUUGCCAUUGAUUUUCUCGAAGCUCGGUCGUUGUCUGCCCCUCGAGAGUGCGGUAGGGAUGAAUCGCCGCGUCUACGUGCGAGGAGCGUCGAAUAGAGAUACGCUGUUGCUGGGUCAGUUCCUGGAGAGGAUAAAAGCUGGAUUGUCAGAUGCAGAAGUCGAGGUUUUAUUACGAAAAAUGCAGAACGAAUGCGGCGUUGGACUCAAUAAGCAACACAAAGUAGUAGAGGAGACUUCUAAUUCUAAAGAGGGAGGAGCUACUGUAGGAGUAAAGGCCAAGACUGUUUGAUGAUAUCACCUGGCGUUUUCUGGUGGUUUACACAUUCUGGUGGUAGUACUUAUACAUGGAUGAUUACACAACGUCAACGCCUUCUCAGCCUUCCAAGAGCGCGUCAUUGACCCACAACAGCGCAAUUUCCCACACCCUAAAUGCAAAAAGUAUCAUCGACGGUUCCCACAUACCAGAGAACAAAUACUGAAAUAACGACUCUCUUCAACAAGAGGCUAUAUUUGGCAUUCAUACAUUGCAAGGCUUCAGUGCUGAUCCAGAGGAAAUGAAGUCUUCAAUUCAACACUGAACUCCGCCAGAAUGGUACCAAAAAUCUCAUCUACUCUCGAAAUUACGACACCUGUCAGGGAUUAGUUAUAUAUAGGAUAUUGUUAGCAAGGUUGUGGAGGGAUAUUGUUGUGGAGGGAUCCCCCGUUGCACUUUCAGACUGUACAACCCCAUGAAUGGCGGGUCAACGAGUACUACUACGACCAUUACCAGCACUAUGCUACCAACACUUUCACAGUGACAAGAAUUAUAGUUAUCAGUAUGACAAGAUGUUGUGACCAGAAU